AUGUCUACUAUCAACACAGUCAAGUACUUUUUCCAUAAGGGCAAUGUGCCGUGUACUGAGGCUCAGAGACAAAGACUAAUCGCCCUUGCCUACCAAACUGCAAGAAGUCAAGAGCUCUACCCAAAGGAAGUUUUCAUCCGAAGUAAUGUCCACGAAAUGUCAACUAUUAAGGGCAAGCGGCUGAAGGAUCCUCGUGGUGCUCAUAUCACCUUAAGCUACAAGACAGAGGAUUUUCAAGGUCGUAAUACUCAUGUGUCCUGCCACGGGUAUACAACGAACUUCAAGACACUGGAGUUUUCCGAGUCUAUAAAGAUGAAGGAAAAGCGCGAUACGAGCAAGAAGAGAGGUGGCAAGAUUAUCUGGCCCGCUGAAACACAACUGUGGGAAGCACCAGGAAUUUGGUACGGACAUGACCAAGGAGGCCAUUCGUAG